CAGUCAGAGAACGGCUGUGGUCGGGUAAAAAUAUCUAUUUUUUGUGGACUUUUUCGCCUGCAUUCUCUGCAAGACUCAAAUAAAUGGGUGACAAGGAGGGAUCCAUAGAAGCUGAAGAUGAAGAGAAAGAAGAAAUGAAGAUGCUUUUACACUGUUCUCCAAUUUAUCCACUGCCUGAAGCGAUAAAGAAGAUGGAUCGCAGUGAGACAGUGUGCCGUUACUGUGGUGUAAGCUACCUCAUUUUCCAUGAGUUUCAUCAGCUCCGCACUCAGCUUGAUCAGUUAGAGGCCAAGCUCGAGGAGCUAAGAGAGACUGCCCAGAGAGAAAAAGCCCAACGUGAAGCACUGCAGCUGGACAGGCUGGAGUGGGAAAGGACACUUCGUCUGCAGGUGCAGGAAGAAACAGAAGUCAGAGAAAAAGACACCAGAGAGGUGCUUGAAGAAAGGAACCGUGACACUGCGAGAGCUCUGAGAGUCGAAUAUGAAGCAAGAAUUGAGAGUCAGAGGAGCAAACUGGAGAAGGAGUUCCAGAAAACCUGUGAGGAGGGGGAGAGUCAACUUAGAGGAAAGCUGGAAGACUUAGCUGUGGAGAAACUGAGAGUUCAGAGGGAAGAACUGGAGAGGCGGGCUGGGGAGAGAGAGAAAAUUCUGAGUGAAACACUUCAGAAGGCCAAUAAAAAUUUAGAGGAGCUGAGAAAAAACCUUCAACAGCUGGAAGAGAGGCUGGAGAUAACAACUGCCUCCAAGGAGGAUGCUGAGCAGGGACUCAAUAAAGAAAAGCAGCAUGUUGAAACUCUCAGAGGGGCGCAUAUCAAGCAGCAGCAGGCCUUGCAAGCAACCCUCUCCUUCCUCAAAUUCUCUGGCAGAGUGCUCGCAGAUGUACGGGGUUUCUUCAGCCAGCUGACGGGGACCUGGCAGACCCUCAAAUGUCAGUUACUGCAGCAAAGCACGCAGGUGUUUUCAGCACUGAGAGAGGAGCUGCAGCAUUCCUCUGUGAAGCUUCAGAAAAUGAGUGAAGAGAAGGAGCGCCUAACUCAACAGCUGAUGGAGCAGAAGGAACAGAGGGAUGAGCAGCUGCUUCUACAUGAAAACUCUGAUAAGGAGCACAGAAAAAAAAUCCACAGGUUAAAAGGGGAAUUGGAGGAGAAAAAUGAGAGGUGGUUGUUAUGUCAACAAAGGUGUGAUGCCAUGCAGAAGCAGCUGUUGUCAUGGGAACAGAGAGAGAAACAACUGAACCAGGAGUACUCUGCAGCUGUAGAGGAAGUGACACAAAUGAGGAAAGCCUUGGAGAUGAUCCAGCAGGAAAAGAGAGAGCUCACAACAGAAAGAGAUUUUUUGAUGAAGUCUCACAUCGAAGCCAUAGCCAAGAUGAAGGAAGAGAACAGACAACAACUGGCCAUACAACUGGCUGCUGCACUUGAAGAACACAGAUCCCAUAGUGCAUUUCACCAGAAGCAGCAGAGGGAGGAGCUUCGCAGGGAGGCAGAGUUAGAGCUGGAGAAGGAGAGGGAGAAGAAGAUGCUGCUUCUGAAGUGGCAACAAGAAAACUCACAGCUUCGGCAGAAGUUGGAGGAGAAAGAGCAGGAGGUACAAAACCUGCAUGAGAGAGGGAGCAGGGAGGAAGAGAGGAGGAAACAAGACAAGGAGAGGAAGAGGAGAGAGGAGGAGAUACGGCAACAGGAGGCACAAAAGCUGAGCCAAGCUCACGCUGAACUAGAGCUGAUGACUGUGAAGAAUGCUGAACUAAUGGAAGAGGUGGCGUUACACCAAGAGACGGUAAGAAGGGAGUGUGAGGAGAGGGAGGAGCUGACUGCUGCUCUGUCUCGAGCUCAGCAGGAGCUUUUUGAGCAGCAAUCUGCACCAUCUCAUCAGGGCUCCUCCAGGCCUCCUCCAGACGUCAUGAAGAGACAAACACCCCCAGGGAAUAAGACCUUUUAUCCCCACAGUCAAACCAGAGAACCUCUAAGUCGCUCCUCAACCUCCUCAAACACUCUCUUGCCCUCUCCUGCCUGCACAGACAAAAACAGAGGCCUGGACACAGAGGUCAGAGGAGCAGGAAGGAGUUUGGAGUCCUGGAGUAGUGGUGGAGUGUUUGGUGGAGAAAAGAAGCAUAAAGGGACACUACCCCGACUGAAAGCAAGCAAUAGAGUCAGUGUGAUAAUGGGGAGAAAAGAGAAAUAAUAAAAAGUUAGCUAAAUGAAGAACUUUUUCUGGAAUAAAAAUGACACAUGUUUUAAAAAAGACUUGUAUCUUAAGCUGCAUUUGAGAAAUAAAUACAUUUUUUUGUAAUUCUUGUUCCCUUAAAGUCCAAGUCAAAUAUUGGUUUUCAAAAAGUUACAUACACCUCCAUGCAUACAUAAUCAGUCUUUUUCAGGCAGCGAGUAACCCAGUAUGCAUGUUUACCAGCAGAUAUGCAUGCAGUGUUUUGCAAACUGAUGCUCAGUCUCUAUGGCAUGCAUAGGAUUGCACGAACACACACAGACACACGCAGACUGUAAUAAAGGCAGGACUGAAGUAGCACGACAGCAGGUCCCAUCCCACUUGUGGAUGCAAACAAAAGGCGGGCAAACACAAAAGAAACUCUAUGAUGGUCACCCCCCCUACAUGCGUGCAACAAUUACCCAGGACUCUCCCUUCAGGCUUUGUGUGUUCCUGACAUCAUUCACUCUGUGGAGGAUCUUUCCAUCCGUCCCCCUCCUCUUUCUUCCUCUCUCUCCACAUUUGGGAUGAAUUGGCACAAUAGGAGAAACGCAUGAAGUGUGUGAGGUAUGGACCGCAUUUCCCUGCUUACUGCCACACAUGCACACAAGCUUUUGAUUUGACGUCCCUACUUCCCUCUCUUCCAGUCCAUCUGUGGGACAAUGCGCACGUGCACCUCACUCAUACAUAAAAAACAUUACUUUACCCUGGCAACGUUUCCUGUUUGACAAAACACACAUUCACAUGGCUUAGCUGCAGAAACCUUUAGUCCAUGUACAGAGGAUGUUCUGACAUACACAGCAACAAAUUUCAUAAACAUAAUAGUGCUCUUGUAAAGGUCUAAUUUAUCCACAUUUCAUUCCAUUUAACAUAAGCUGCAUAAUGUCACAAUGCUUUAGUCUCUCUAAUACUGAUAAAAAAGAAAGAAUUACUAAUACCUACUAUAAUCCAGCUUCUGUCUUCAGUCAGAUGUGGUAUAAUCAUCAUUUUGUUCCAGGUCUAAUAAUUCUGCAGUAGCUGCAGAUACUUCUCACUUUCAGAUCCAGGCAGUGAUGGGCACAUGACACUUUGGUCGACAAACUGAGCUCACCUUAGUGCUGGGAGAUAGAGCAUGGUUCAGAU